AUGCCGAAUCCACAAGUGUUUUUUGACAUGACCAUUGGCGGCGCUCCUGCUGGCCGCAUAACUUUUGAGCUGUUUGCUGACAAAGUGCCCAAGACUGCCGAGAACUUCCGUGCAUUGUGCACAGGUGAAAAGGGUAUCGGCCGCUUGGGCAAGCCGCUGCACUACAAGGGCAGCGAAUUCCACCGCGUUAUUCCCAACUUUAUGUGCCAGGGUGGUGACUUUACAAAUGGACAUGGUACGGGUGGUGAAUCCAUCUAUGGCGAAAAAUUCGCCGACGAGAACUUUCUGCUGAAACAUAAGGGAGAAGGCAUCCUGUCUAUGGCGAAUGCAGGACCCAACACUAACAACUCGCAGUUCUUUAUCUGCACGGUCGAGACCUCGUGGCUAGAUGGAAAGCAUGUUGUCUUUGGUCGUGUUGUGGAUGGCAUGGACGUGGUAAAAAAAGUUGAGGCCGUAGGCUCGCAGUCGGGUAAGACCAAAAAGCCCGUGGUUAUUGCCGACUGUGGCCAGUUGUAG